UCAUAAAUUCAUAAUAGCCGUUUCAUACCUCUCCACUAAUCACUCUCAAUUCAUUAAUUUCUAUUACCAAAAAUAACAACUUUGCUUUGACUAAAAAUUUAAAAUUUUCCCUCUCAACCCACAAUUUUUUUUUUCUGUCUCUCUAUCACUCUCAAAUCUCAAUGGAUAGUUUUCAAGAAUAGAAGAAUCUUAAAGCAGAAGAAGAACUCCAAUUAUUUGCUAUGGCAUCAGAAAAUAGUUAUCAAGAACGUCAAUUCCCAGCAGCUCCAGAUGCUAGACAGAAAGUUGAUGGCUUUAUGCGGUUUAAGACCGGGAGUCCUAAGGACCAGGAAUCUUUACAACCAAACACAAAGUAUAAUUUACGCAAGAGUUUGGCAUGGGAUAGUGCCUUUUUCACUAGUCCAGGAGUUCUGGAUCCGGAAGAGUUGUUUCAGACUCUUAAAUUAAGUGAUAUGGGAAAUUCACUUGACACAAUUGGGAAUGGGGAACAAAAGGUUGUGCCUUCUGAGUCCUUGGAAGCUGAAAAGACAAGUAGAACUGGUGAAUGUAAUCUGCGCAAAAGUUUGGCUUGGGAUAGUGCAUUUUUCACUAGUGCAGGAGUUCUGGAGCCAGAGGAGUUGUCUAUGAUGAAUAAGGGAUUUAAGAAGCCUCAUGACUCACGCCCAACGCCUAGGAUUGAAGAAAUGUGGAGGUCUGUUGAAUCAAACUCUACAGUAGAAACUGAUGGUUCCCCUCUAACAAGCCUUGAGAUUGAUCUGUUUGAAGAUAUAAGAGCAUCUGCAAAAAUGUCAACUCAAGUAUCCAAUGUUGCAAUUUCUAGUUCCAAUUUACAAAGAGGAAGACGCGUGAAAAAUGUCCACUCGUCAACAAAAGUGGAUGCUUCCUCUCAAAUUCGGAUGAAACCCACGCUGCCUUCCAGAGGAAAAAGCAUCACCAGGCAUGGAUUAGAGAGGGUCACAAGUGAAGCUUCUGUUCCCCUACAAGCUCAGCAUGGUGCUGGGAGUGGAGAAUUCAAUCCAAAGCAUGCUGCUAGAAGUAAAGAACUGCAUCUAUCAUCAUCUCUUAAGCCACCGAAGAUAUCAGCAAAGGCUAGCCAAAUUUCAAGGGCUUCUUUGGGUGCAAACCAUGUCAAAUUGAAAACUCAAUCUGUGGAAGCCACAUCUGGGCACUGUUUGACUCGUACAAAAAAGCCUCCUUUGGGCAAAUCAUCAAUUAGUUUACGUCGAUCUAUUACACCCCCUCCAACAUCUUUGAGGACAACUGGUAACAGUAAUGUCAAUUUGGUGGCCACUGGUUCUACCUAUAAAACUCCUCCAAAAUAUACUACAACAAACAAAACUGAGCUGGAAUAUUCCAAUUACCCUACUUGUUUGUUAUCCAUGUCAAAUUCUUCCUCUUGUACAUCACCUGCUAGCUCCAUUGAUGGUUCCUCGGAAUCAUUGUCAAUCGCUGUGAAUCAAGGACCAAAUAACUCCAACGCAAGUUUUGAUACUACUUGUAGAGAGGUAUUAUUUGACCGUAAUACCUUUCACGCAUCAGGCAUGGAGACUCAUCAACCUGAUGAACCCCAUGCUGGAUAUAAAGGUCAGGAAAAAAGUCCCUCAAUUCAGGCCAAGAAAAUUUUAGCAGAAAUUAACUCUGAUCCUUCAGAUGUUUCGAGAAAGACUAGGCCUUCGGGUCUUAGAAGGCCAUCACCAAAGAUUGGAUUCUUUGAUGCGGAAACUCAAAUGAUGCCAAUGGUGAAUCAAGGUCAACAGUUUCAUUCAGGUCUACAAAGUACUUUGACUAAAGGUGGAACUGGUACUAACCCCGAUGGAGCUUCAAAGAGAACAAGAUAUGGCAAGCUUCAAUCUCCAAGAACAUUAAGGGGGACUAAUAAGAACAUGAACAUUGGUUCUGAGCAAAUUAGAGCGUCGAGUCCUGCUUUACUCAUCAGGCCUUCAAAUCCUGUGCAGUUUGAGGAAGCAGGAAAUGAAUUCCUUGAAGUAUCUACUUUUCCUGGUCCCAUGAAAGAUUGUUUUGCCACAACUUCCAGAGCUCAGAAUAAUUCACCCUACAGAAUAAGGACCAAGGAUUGCUUGAAGCCUAAGAAAGUGGGUAAUGAGAGGCAUCAAGCAGCAGAACUUGGCCUCCUAUCUACUUCAAAGGCAGAAGACAAAGGAAUCCAAGGAUUUAUGAAAAGAAACAAGCAGUCUUCAAGAAAGCAUGAAGAUGCCAGUAUAAAAUCUGCAGAAACAAAUUUGCAUAUACUUCAUGAAGAUGAAAAGGAAAACUUAUAUGGUGUCAGGAAUCGAGUUGAUACUUAUAGUAGACAUAUUGGAGCCACUGAUCUCUAUCAUGACGUGGUGAUAGACCUUACGAAGAAAAGGGACCUCUCAUUCCCUCUUCAGCAUCAAUAACCAUUGGUAUCUUAUUUUUCUUGGAUGACAUUGUCAUCAUUGAUUAUGACAAUAAUAUAAGGAUUUUCUGAAUUUAUUUUCACUUUGCUGAGAUUGUGCAGAGCACAAGUUCUCCUUGACUGCCAUAGGUUUCAUUUGCAAUAGAAGUAUAUUUGAGUGGCCAACGAAGUCAACAAUUCAGAAGGUGGGUAGUCUGGUAGAGUAGGCACCAAUUUUUUGUUUUGUAGGACUAGAAGGAACUGGCUAAAGCCAUUGCAGCUUAUCUGUUUUACA